CACUUUCAUUUUCCCAGGUGCCUCAGUGUGCUUCAUCUUCAGCAGUUGUUGCAGGGGAGCCUCACCCUCCACUUGUUCCUGUAUGUUGCUUUCAUUUUCUCAGAUGCUUCAGGGUGCCUCAUCUUCAGCGGUUGUCGUAACUUAGCUGUGGCAAUACUUCCAGCAAAAAUGGCCAGUGGAACAUUUAAUGGAGCUAUCGUAAUCCAAACAGCCCAGGGCAUUCCCAGUACUGUUGUUCAAUCAUCUGGAGCAAUACCACAUCCACCGUAUGGGGGUCAGCAAGUUGGAAUUUCCAACACUGGUCCUCAACAAGUCCCCAAAAGGGGUGCUUUGGAGAAAUUCCUCUAUGUAGAGGCCAAAGUGCUUGGCGCCAUCCAAAUCAUGAUUGGGUUGAUCCACGUUGGCUUUGGGGCUGUGUUACUUUCUCUUUUUAAUGACUACCCUGCCUUGUCUGCAGCUGGAGGUUAUCCCUUUUGGGGAGGGAUAUUUUUCAUUUCUACUGGAUCAGUAUGUAUAACAGCUGAGAAGUAUCGAAGCCGUCAUUUGGUGAAAUGCACAGUAGGAAUGAACAUCACAAGUGCUAUAAUGGCGUUAACUGGUGUCCUGCUGUAUUUUUCAGAGCUGAUCAUAAAUGCUUAUUCAAAUAGGAAGUACGAAAUAAAAAAUGUCGGUACUGGCCUCUCCAGCAUGCUGCUCUUGUUCAGCUUGCUGGAAUUUUGUAUCACUGUUCCACUUGCACAUUUUGGGUGCCGGGCAACUUGCUGUACUUAUGGCCAGCCGACCAUGGUUUUUCUGCCUUACCAAGUCAACGGAAAUGCAGCAGUCGCUACUGAAUCCAAUCGUCCUUCUUCUCCACCACCCUAUGCUAACAUGGUGUUUACCAAGCCACAAUAAAAAAAAAGACACCAGGAAGGAAUUGUGUUGCAUCAGAGGUCUCAGGAGGAGCAAUGCAUUUUGUGUUGCUUUAUUUUGUUCUCCAGCUUUUUUUUUUUUUUAAUGAGAAUUGAAAGGAGCAUGGGGGGAGCAGUUGGCAUGAUGUUAAAUCUGCCCCUAAGUCCCUCCAAAAGUACUUGUUCCUCUUUGAUUUUUUGUCCUUGAGCCUCAUUCCUUAAGGAAUGGGAACUGAAAGCGGGGGCGGGGGGGGGUGAUCAUAGUUCCCUGUAAUUGGAGGUGUUUUUUUGUGCUACACCACUUGAUACUUUUGCUUCAGAUAUUCAGCCUUUUGCCAAAGGGACUCGCUUGGGUUUUUUGUGUGUGUCUUGCUGAUAUUUUGAGUCAUGACUCCACCCUGGCUUUUGCAAGCAGUGAAAGAAGAAAGGUGUUUUAUUUAAACCAAUGGGUUUUUAAUCUUAUUUUUACCUUCCAAUCA